UUUACUCCUUUUUGAAGCAGGCGCCUGAUUUAUCUCCCUUUCCAUUUCACAAUUCCGUGCGCGUGUGCUGUGCUCCUUUUUCCGAACGUAUUGAGAAUUCACCCGUUUUUCUUUGCCUUUGGAAGAUCUUACAGACAUCUUCCCGGCUGAUCAUUCUCCUUUGAGAUGGUUGAUGUCUAGCUUCUGUUUUGUUAUUUGUGUGUGCUUUUUUUCUCCUUAACUUGAGAAGAGCCUGGUCUUGUGCGCACGGAAUCAAUCACUUGGUCUGGGAUCUAAAGCAAUAAACCCCAUAGGGAAAUAAAGAAGUCGUCUGUGGAUGCUCGCCGCUUUCUUUUUUGCACUUUGGGAAAGAUUUUUCCGCUGUUAAUUUAGGCGAACCUUUUGUUUGCAGAGGAGAGGAUUAUUUAGUUUUAAUUUUGGUGUUAAGGAGAAGACCCACAAGGCUUUUCUGAUGUUCUCUAUCCAGGAAAGUCUCCCGCGGGGAGCGUUGACCAUGAAAGAGGAGCCGUUGACCAGCGGAAUGACACCGGUCAGAUCGUGGAUGCAAAGUGCAGGGAUCUUGGAUGCAAAUACUGCAGCACAAAGCGGUGUUGGUCUUGCCCGGGCUCAUUAUGAGAAGCAGCCUCCUUCAAAUCUACGGAAAUCCAACUUCUUCCACUUUGUCCUGGCGCUUUAUGACAGGCAGGGGCAGCCUGUAGAAAUUGAAAGAACGUCCUAUGUGGACUUUGUGGAAAAAGACAAAGAAUACAAUGGGGAAAAGACCAAUAAUGGGAUACACUAUAGGUUACAGCUUCUCUACAGUAAUGGUAUCAGAACAGAACAAGAUUUAUUUGUACGCUUGAUAGACUCCAUGACAAAGCAGCCCAUUAUAUAUGAGGGCCAGGACAAAAACCCAGAGAUGUGCCGUGUUUUACUAACACAUGAAAUUAUGUGCAGUCGAUGUUGUGACAAAAAGAGCUGCGGGAACAGAAAUGAAACUCCCUCUGAUCCGGUUAUUAUCGACAGAUUCUUUCUGAAAUUCUUCCUCAAGUGCAAUCAAAACUGUUUGAAAAAUGCAGGGAAUCCAAGAGACAUGAGACGGUUUCAGGUAGUUGUCUCUACAACAGUCAAUGUUGAUGGCCAUGUUUUGGCAGUUUCUGAUAAUAUGUUUGUUCACAAUAACUCCAAACAUGGUAGAAGAGCAAGGCGUCUGGAUCCUUCUGAAGCAGCUACCCCCUGCAUCAAAGCCAUCAGUCCGAGCGAGGGAUGGACUACUGGAGGAGCCACUGUGAUUGUCAUCGGAGACAACUUUUUCGAUGGCUUGCAAGUUGUCUUUGGUACCAUGCUUGUCUGGAGUGAGCUCAUCACUCCCCAUGCAAUUCGGGUACAGACACCCCCACGUCACAUUCCCGGAGUGGUAGAAGUCACGCUGUCAUAUAAAUCUAAACAGUUCUGUAAAGGAGCACCAGGACGCUUUGUCUACACUGCCCUGAAUGAGCCCACCAUUGAUUACGGAUUUCAACGAUUACAGAAAGUUAUUCCCAGACAUCCAGGUGACCCAGAGAGACUUCCUAAGGAAGUCUUGCUGAAGAGAGCCGCUGACCUGGUUGAAGCUCUGUAUGGCAUGCCACAUAAUAAUCAGGAGAUAAUCCUGAAGCGAGCAGCUGAUUUGACAGAAGCCUUGUACAGCGUCCCACGCAAUCACAACCAGCUUCCAUCCCUCACUGGUUCUGCUACCCACUCAGGAAUGAUGGGCGUUAACUCUUUCAGCAGUCAGCUUGCCGUCAACAUCUCAGAGACCUCCCAGGGCAAUGAUCAAGGCUACUCCCGCAACUCAAACAGCGUCUCCCCACGGGGUUAUGCACCCAGUUCCACCCCACAGCAGUCCAACUACAACACCAUCACUUCAACGAUGAAUGGCUAUGGAAGCACCGGCAUGACCAACCUGGGUGUCCCUGGUUCACCGAGCUUCCUGAAUGGAUCCACUGCCAAUUCACCUUACGCAAUCAUGCCUUCCAGCCCUCCGUUGGGGGCUUCUUCCAUAACUCUUCCAUCCAGCGUUAACACCUCCUCUUCUUCCUCCUCCACCCCUGCUGGCAUUUUCUCAUUCUCUCCUGUCAAUAUGAUCUCUGCAGUCAAACAGAAGAGCGCCUUCGCCCCCGUCGUGCGGCCGCAGACCUCCCCUCCCCCCACCUGCACCAGCACCAACGGGAACAGCCUACAGGGUGAGCACCCCGCCCCUCACCUGCCUCACAACUCCGCCCAUCACUACUGGGUUUUAAUAGAUGAGAGCAGAUAAGACACACGAGCUAUGGCUGGUCUCAUAGUCCCACCUAUGUAAAUACUCACAGAAGACUUAUCAAGAGAAGAAUGGACUACAUUUCUACAACCCUCAUGAGUGAUUAUCAAGAACAAGUUUUGAAAACAGCAGAUGGACUUAUGUUAUGAAAGGUCCUAUGCAAAUUUUAAACAGAGAAAAAAAAAAUCUGUAAUUUUAUAUUUUAAAUGCCUUUUGCAUUACAAACCAGAAACGAGGAAUCACACAAGACAAUUGAAGCUCGUUUGUGAUGGCUGAUCCUAAAGACUGGUUCCUAAUGGCACCCCCUCACCCCACCUCACAUGCUUUUCAUUAUUCUAUAUCACUUUAUAAAAAGAAGCACACACACAUAUUUCACACACACGCACCCCACUGCAGGGCCGCAAAACAGCUUCUGCUUAUAUGGACACUUGAAUAUUUGGAGAAAGAAAGCUUUUGUUGCAAGCCAAACUGCUUGAGUGGACUACAUUUUUGAAACAGGCUUCUGUUAUUAUUCUUUAUUUUGGCAGAUGCCUUUACCCAAGGCAUUUUGCAUGUGAAAAGUGAUUUUUUUUUUUUAUAUAUACUGUUUUUUACUUUUUUUGUAAAAAAUAACGAGUAUAAUCAAUAGUUAUUGAAUAUAUCAGAGGCAUAAAGGUAUAAGAGCUGUGGAGUUUUCGAAUAUGAAGUGGAUAAGUAGAGAGGGGAGCUGAAAUUAUGCCCAAACCUGAUUUUUGUUUUUGAGCAACACUCAUCUGAAUGUGAUGUGAACUGGAUCUAAAAUGUACUGUAAGUUUUUCUUUUCUUUUUUUUUUAAUAAGUCAAACCAGUUUGGCUCCACUUCACAAUUAUAAUUUGUCUAGUUAUGAUCAACACAAUCACACACCACUUUAAAAAUGGUAAUUUGUUACUGUGUUUCUUACAAAGAAUUAUAUUAAUACUCUUUCCUGUUUUGGACCAUUCAAUAAUACAUCGCGAUAUAUGUGUUUUCAGUUUCAAUUUUGGCAUGGAAUAGGGGGUGCAAGUAAAUAAAUACAGACAAUUAGUAUUGCUGUUAGUCCUUAUGGAUCAGUAAUAAUUAUCUGUAAAAUACUUCCAAAAGGGGAGUGUGCAGCCUUUGUAUACUUUGGACCAAUAGGUAGAACAAUAUAAUAAUGGAACUAAUUUGUGGGAAACAUUUCCAGGUUUAAUGCGCCUGUAAAAUAAAACCAGGAAUGCUUGUGCCGCUUUCGAUCAAAUUUAGGUACUGAUUUUCUUGUUAGACUUCUUAAUGUGCUUUUUUGUAUGUAUUUAUAAAUAUGUUUUGUUUUUCUUUGGUGAAUUUAAGCCUGGAUAAUAGCAUAAAACAAAGGAACAUAUGUAAACACAUUUGAUGUCCUGGUACCUUUUCGAUAUUGUUAACAAAAAUCUGAAAACUUUUGUAUAAAAAAAGAAAGAAAAAUGAAGACUUCACCAUGACAUCACCCUGAUUUUUAAACUCAACUGCUCCACAAAUUUUGUAUAAACAUGCUUUCUGAUAAUGUAUUUAACAUUUUUUAAUACAGCAGCUGUGUUUUCCUCUCCUUUCCAGGUACUGUCUAUGUGUGUCAUUGUGAAAAGUUGUAUAAUCACGAUAGUUAGUACCUUAUGCACUAUUUUAGUUGGAGCGCCUACAAAAGCAAUGCAUCUUAGGAGAAGAAAAACAUUAGAGCACAUAAAGCAUAAAGACUUUGUACAUGAAUUGUUUGAAAAUACUUUCUCUGUGUACAUGAACUGUUUGUCACCCACCUUUUAAAGGGAUACUCAGUUUUGCUCAAGGUGUCUCAAAAAUGUGAAAUCAGCGCUAUGUAGGGAUGACCCAUAAGUUAGAGUUCUGAAUUAGAAUUGACUUGAAAACCGUCAUAUCCUCACCUCAACUGCAGAGAUAUGGGGCAAGUCGAUAAUAAAAGAGAGAGACUUAGACAGUACAAAACUGAUGGGCAGCUAUGGAUGUGACUCUCCUUGCCUUUUUUUUUUUAAAUGGAAUGUUCCUAGAGUUCCGCUGCACUGGAAUGUUUGCUUACUUCGUUCAGUAAAAAUCAGAUCUUAGCAACUGUAAGUCAUGCACUGUUUAAGUUCAGUGGUCACCUCUUGGUCGAUUAACAUACAGAGGAGUGAGACCCAAACACACUAGUCAUCUGUUCCUCAGUAUUCAUUACUAUCCCUGGUUGGCUCUCACCAAUGUUUAAAGAGUUAUUGUCAAGCUCAUGUAGCCUUCCCUCCCUACAUUCCGUUAGAAGAAGUGAUCCAGAACGAUCAUGGUAACUAUACUGCAAUUCAUUUUUACCCUACAUCCCCAAUGUAUGUGUAACUGGCCACCAUUAAUUGAGUUUGAGUCUGUCCUUCAGUGGACUGACACCCCGUUCAGAUGCAAUGCAUCACAUGUUCUGAACUAGGUUUGCAAAAGAAGGCUAAAUGGAUGGAUUCCAUGAAUCUUAAACCAAUAUAUAUAUUCCAUCCAUCUUUUCAUCAGUCAUUAAAUCCACUUAAUCUAGUUUAGAAUCCUGGGGUUGCAAGGCUUAUCUUGGCAGCAUUAGGUAUAAGACAAGAGCCAGCCAUGAAGAGAGUGCUAGUCCAACACACGCUACACUUGCACAUAACAGCAUCAUUUAGAAUCACCAGCCAACCUUGAAUGUUGGAGGAAAAUAUUUCAGAAAUAUGAAUUUCUGAAAUAAAUUAUUUGUAUGGCUCGACAUAAGGUACUCAAUGAGCUUGUCAGAAACUUUAUUGAUUUGAGCGUCCCUUUAAUUAUGUGGUUUUUUGAUCCUAUGUUGUUGUUGUUGUUGCACUUGAUUCUUUGUCUUCUACUUAUGCAAUUUUAUUACUGUAAAGCAAAUCAGUGUCUCUCCACAUUAUCGCAGUAGAAUAGAGAAGAUUAAAAUAAUGUACAAAUUGAUGCCUUACAAUAUAAAAUUUGCCCAUAUUUCAUUUCUAUCAUUACACUUGCAUUUGUUUUGUUUUCUGCAAUACUGUGAAAAUCAAUUAUCUUGUUUUAAAUUUCUCAAAACAAAGCCGCCUACUUAGGUGUAUAGUCGAUUUUAUUAAAUUGAAGAAAGAAUUUGCUGUAAGGCUUGCUUGGCCACAAAAAAGGCUUGAAUAAUGGAUCUUAGUCAAUACUGAAAGAAGUAAUAAAAAGACUUAUUGAUAAGUAGUUUGUCAGCUUCAGCCAGCUAGGGGCACUAUUAUACAUCUGGCCUUCCACAGCGGGUAGACUUGUCACCAGAGACAAUGGAAUGACAAACAUGUGCUUAAAAGACAAGAUUUCAAAAUAAAUAAUGACAAUGCAAAAUUGUGUGUCACAAAGCCUCUGUUUUAUAAAUGAUGCUGCGUACUUUUGGGAGAAUGCGGAGUUCUUAGAAAGACAAGUUAACUGAAUGUAAAUUUAUAGUAGAUAAGUCAACAGAAAAUUACAUGUAUAACCUGAUUAAAAAUAUUCAUAAUUUAUACAUGAACUAUAUAGUUUUAUUUAAUUUUUAAAUAUUAUAUUGCAGCCAGUUUUUUCAGAUCUAUUGGCUAUCUUUAAAUGAGUUUUACGGUAUGUUUUUUUUUCCUUUUUACAAAGCAAAUGGCAGAACCAAAUAAUUUUACGUAAAGAAAUAUUAAUGUUAAAACUGUUCUCAUACAGCAAAAUAUGUACACCAAAAAUUGCAUUUUAAAGUUCCAAUAUUCAUGUACUAAAUUCUUGAUGAACUGAAAAUCUUUUUGAGCUCUAUAAUCUGAUAGUUUCUCAAUUUGUUAGACCGUGUAGUGCAGGAUGAUUAAAAAGUUUGCCUGAAGUUUAGUGACAUUUUUUUUCAUUUCAUUUGCAUUAGAAUGUGUAAAAUCUGUUCAUCCACCAUGUCCUCAAGCAAGUCUCACAAUGAUUAUACACAUUUACUGUCCUUAACUGUGCAGGAGGUUUUCGUUUGCAUUAUGUUAGUCUAGUCAGAGAAGACGUUUCGGGCAGGGAUGAAGUUCUGCAUUAACGUUGUGAAGUCAAAAUGCAUGAUUUAUGAUCAAAAUUUGUACCCACCUUUUUUAGUUUAACUGAGGGCAAUUAGUGUGUGGAGGGUGAGGCCUACCAAAGCUACUGCUUAUUGAUCUAGAUAUUGCUAGUUUAAAGAACUGCUCACAUACAACAUUCACUUUUUUUAAAAUACAUCACAUUUUCUAAAUAAAUAUAACCAAAUAUUUUGUUUCAUAUUAAAAGAAAAAAAAACUGAAACAAAAACCAUUUUUUUAAUAGCUUCGUUUAACCAUUACAUAUUGGUGAUUGGUAAACUUUCACAAACAAAACCAGCUCGUCAGUAGUCACCAUAUCAUUUCAGUCCUAUUCCAUUUUAAUUCAUUUAUCUUUUUUGUAUCAAGUUUAGUGUGUGCAUGUAAACAAAUGUGUUUUUUUUAACUCCAGGAUUGCCCCACGGCUUUCUUUUGAUUUUUUUACCGGUAAACACAAAACUAGAUUAAUUUGUAAAUGCAGAAUCAAAUUAGUUCUUCAGUAAAUAAGGAAGUCAUUUUUUUCCGCACUUUGAAGCUUCUUAUGCUUUGCCUCAUCUACCGAAAAAACAAAAAUCCUGCACAUAUGUUCAACAAGAGUGAUUGAACGAAAGGUGAAAUGAAAAACAGAUCAAUUUCUAAAAGGAAGAAUUGCAUUUCUUUGAAUUUUUAAUUAAAUGAGAACUGUGUCUCUCGUCCUUCCCAAUCAAACAUCUCACAAAGUGUGCUAUAGAGCCAUGUCUUCUUUCUCUCAAUGCGUCUGUAGUCAAACUGCACAGAUGUAAUUUUGUCAGCAGUAUAUUCACUGUGAGGUUUGGGGUUAUUAUUUAUUUAUUUUUUUUUAUUUAAAUGCUGUUUGAAUUCAUAUAAGUAGUGCAUAUGUUUUCAUGCAAGUGUCUUAGUCUACCGAGUACAAAAACGUUCACUGCAGUUGUAGAAAUGCUUCCAGUGUGGGUCAGUAAUAGUGUGAUUGGAAAGUAUUGAUAAAAACCUAAUAAAUUAAAUAAGGCUAAACCUGACGAUCAAAAAAUUAUGACUUGAUUGCCAAAAAUCUGAUUUCUAUUUUGAGACUUGGAUUGUUAUUUUAACUAGAUGUUUUUAAUGGACUGGGUACGUGUAAAGUAAUACAGAUACCUUGUUGAGAGUGCUGCCCUGGCAUCACCUCCUUGGAGUACUGGGAAGGUUUUUGCAUAACGUCUGAGUUUGGUGUGGAGAACGUAGUCUAACUUCUUUAAAUUAAUCGCACCACAGCAGUCUGUAGCAUUUACAAAAUGGGCCACUCACUUUACAACCUGAAAUGAAGGGAGAAAAACAUUAAACAUGUUAGGCAAAUUUCCAAAAAUAAAACAACUCCUCCCUUUCCUUAUGAUAAUAUAUUGUUAUAUAAUACUUUUAUAAUAAUAAACUGAUUAAAUGACUGCAAUAUUAAAUACAAAAACAUGAAUAUCGUUGCUUGUUAGAAUGCAGCCAUAAACGAUAAAGUAGUGUAAUUAUGUAAAUGCACUCUAAACUGCCUUGUCUUCUUCUGUACAAUGUGGAUUUUGGUUUUGUGGUGGCAUCUUUGUGCAGGUGCAUCAAGACCAGCAUUAUGUGUUUACCUUUAAACUCAAUUCAAUUUAUUUUUUAAGCACACUUCUAUUUAUGGGCUUACCUCUCUGUAGAAUAUUUACACAUUUAAUAUGAAAGAAGUGACACCUAAACACCUAACAUUUGCUAAACAUAAGCAGAGAAACCUUGUGCAACAUAUGCAUAUAUAUAUUGGGUGGGGUUUAAGUCCAAAUUUCAAUUAUUAUUGCUCAGCCACAAAAUGUUAAAACCUUCGGUGGGGGAAAGUACCAAGCAUUUUUUAGGGCUCUUGAGUGAAUUAUCGUUUAGAACAUUUACCUAUGAUAUCAUAUUUUUUUACUGUAGUUUAUUGGUUUCAUGGCAUCAAUAUAAUACUAAUAUUAGAUGUCAACUGCUUGAAGCGACACAAUUGGAUAUGUUAUCCAGUAAUUCAAUUCCCACUUCUAGUUAUUCAGGUGCAGUUUCGGUGAGAAUUCUCAUCUUUGUAAAGUUCGUGCAAACAAAUGCUGCAGUGCCACCUCUUACCACAAGGAAAUCAACACUAUGCAAACAGUGGCUUCAGGGUCAGGGUUAUGAUAUAGUAAUUUAAACUAAAAUUUACAUAAAGUGGCAAAAAAAAAAUGUUCCCAUUAUUUCCUAUCAUAUAUUUUUCUCACUCAAAUAUGGCUGAACUUAAGGGGAUUCCGAUGUAGAUUUAUUUCAUUAUACGUAAGUCAGAGGUUUGAUGAACUCUUUGCCAUCUUCAAAUCUGUCUAAUAAAGAAAACAUUUUAGGAAUAAACUGAAUCCUUAGUUUUUAAAGCAGAUGGGGCUAGCUUUUAAUUUUUGGUUAUUUUUUUUUAAUGUCUUGAAGGUCUCUUUCCUUUAACCUUUUAAUUUUAUCAUGAGCUUUUAUAUACAAGUUAAAACUGAAAGGUAGAUGGUGAAAAAUGAGAGGGAACUGGCUGCCCUAGAUUCCCUGGUUUCCAUAUGUUCACAAAGUUAUAUAUAUAUAUAUAUAUAUAUAUAUAUAUAUAUAUAUAUAUAUAUAUAUAUUAAUAAAGGGCAAAUAUUUUAAUGUAGAAGCAAACCAGAUAUAGCGUGUAGGUUACACUGUCUAAACAUGGCAAACACUGCACACAUUCACUGGGACAGCAAUGACACGAUGUUGACGCCAAGCAAUACAUUCAUAUUACACUCUUUUGACAACUGGAGCUCACACUUUCCUUAAAAAAGCAAACAAACUGAAAGGCACAUGUGUGUUUUGUAACACCAGAUAAACUUGAAAAUAUCCUGAAGACAGUUGUAAAAUUGUGAAAUAUAUCCAAAAAUGAUUCAUUUGCUAUGUCAUUUCUGCCACUGAGAAGCUUAAAAAGAGCCAUUUUAAGAAACUGAGCUAUCUGUAGGAUUUCAGGACACCUCUAUUAAAUCUGAGCAUAUACAUUUUCUUUUUCCUCUUUUUAGCAUAAAUGUAAAAUAUUUCAAUUAGCGCAAUAUGACCUUAGAAAAAACAUAGCCGAGACAAGUCUUAGAAAGUUAUAUUUUAAUGUAUACCUUACUUACAUGCGCUUAGAUUUUGCUGAUCGAUAAAACAGUAAAAACGUAUUUUGCUUUAACAGGUAAGUCGUUUACUUUUGAAGUCCUCAAAUAAAAAUGUCACUGCCCAUUCAGUAAAUUAUUAAAAAAAAAAAAAAAAAGCUGCACUUUUGUGGCAUUUCUAAGUAGAGUAGAUAAUCAUUGAUUCUCCUUGAGAAUUUAAAACUGCUUCCCUUAACAAUCGUGUUUGGGAUGAAGUCUUCAACUCUUCAUUGUUUGUUCUCAUCCAAGUUGUUUUCGCCCAUUCCUAACACUAAUUGAGCAGGUAGCCUGCAAGGUGGGUGAGGGAUUGUAAAGUUGUAAAUUCUGCCUUUUGCUUCCAUAGGCCUCAGCUGAGGUUUUUAAACCUACAGAAUGUAUUUUUUUUUUUUGCAAUGUUUUAAGUGAAAAAAGGAAAUGUGAAGGAGUACUGCAUCUUUAUAAAAUAUAUGAGAAAAAAUACUAUUAUAUCAUUGAAGUAUAUUAAAGCACAAUGUUAAAUUCUCUUCUUUAAAAAUAAAACAAAAAAAAUCAAAGCUGUACUUUUCCUUUUGUUAAAAGUCUACGACUGUGCUGUAAAUAGAAUGCAUGCUUUUUCUGUGAAACAGUGCUUUUUGUACAGAAACAAACUAAUAAAGAUUACAUUUGGCUUGAAA